AUGGCAUACACUGGACCAACAACAGAAUUCCCAUCUCUAGAAAAAAUAGACUUUACCAAAGUCAUAGAUGGAAUAAAAUUUAAUGGACAAAAUUGGCCAAAAUUCUAUAGAAUAUUCAUGAAAAAUAUCCAAAGUCAUGUACCAAAAGAAUUACUUACAACCAGAUUUUUUACUGGAAGUAAAUACUCAGGAUACCAAAGAAUAGAUAAUAUGGCAACAAUAGUAGCUAACCUAGCAGCAGAUGACCUACACAGAGAACAAUUCAACAUUCAUAAUGGACAAAGAACACCACCCGAUACAUGUACUGAAUCAACUACAGGAGGAGGCAAUCCAAAUUCACUCAAAAUAACAAAAUACUUUCCAACAACUUUACAUAUAAACUAUCGUGUAAUAAACAACACUCCUGCAAAU